AUCCGGAGGCCAGAUCCCUUUUGCGUGGGAGAUUCUAGGAUGGCUUCUCAGUCCCCGAACUGUGCCUUGAAGGUCAGGAGGGGUUUGCCGAGUUGGUCCAGGUGAUGGGAACAGCCCAGCUAAGGGCACCGAGACAGGAAAACCUAAGGCAUGUUUGGGGUCUGGGUGAGGUGAGGCCUCUUCAGGACCUGGCUCGGGGAGGCCCCAGCUUGGGGAAUGUGACGAAGAAGAGGAGUCGGGAGACCGGGAGGAGGCCAGGAGCAGCUGGUUCCCAGUUCACAGAGGAGAAAUUCGGCCAGGCCGAGAAGACCGAGCUUGAUGCCCAGUUUGAGAACCUUCUGGCCCGGGCAGACAGCACCAAGAACUGGACGGAGAAAAUCCUGAGGCAGACAGAGGUGUUGCUGCAACCCAACCCCAGUGCCCGAGUGGAGGAGUUCCUGUAUGAGAAGCUGGACAGGAAGGUGCCCUCGAGGGUCACCAACGGGGAACUGCUGGCUCAGUACAUGGCAGAGGCGGCCAGUGAGCUGGGGCCCACCACGCCCUACGGAAAGACACUGAUCAAGGUGGCAGAAGCAGAAAAGCGCCUGGGAGCCGCAGAGAGGGAUUUUAUCCACAUGGCCUCCAUCGGCUUCCUUACACCCCUGCGCACCUUCCUGGAAGGGGACUGGAAGACGAUUUCGAAGGAGAGGCGGCUCCUCCAUAACCGGCGUCUGGACCUGGAUGCCUGCAAAGCACGGCUGAAGAAGGCCAAGGCUGCAGAAGCCAAAGCCACGUGUGAGGGAGAUGUGAGUAUACCUAUCCCACGUGCUGUGCUGCUUCUGGUUUGCCCAUCUCGGCCUUGGUCGGCCGGGGACGUCCUCGGGGCGUUUUGCAAGCAGCUGGUCUCCCCACUGGAGGCUCUACCAUGUGUAGCCUCUGCUUCGGGGGGACGCCAGGCAUUGGAGCCUACGGUGCCUGACUUUCAGGAGACUAGACCUCGUAAUUACAUUCUCUCGGCCAGCGCCUCCGCGACUCUGGAUGACACUUCCCGCCCCCCUUCCUGGGCCGAGUGGAAAGAGGAGUAUCCAGGAGGGUGGAGACGGCCCUGUUUUUUCCUUGUGCCUUUGAACCCCAGUGUGACUCGGGCACGAGGCUGCCUUUCUCUGCCGAAGGACAGAAAGCUCUGGAAUGAUGAGGUGGACAAGGCUGAGCAGGAGCUCCGAGUGGCCCAGACAGAGUUUGACCGGCAGGCAGAAGUGACCCGGCUCCUGCUGGAGGGAAUCAGUAGCACGCACGUGAACCACCUUCGCUGCCUCCAUGAGUUCGUUGAGUCUCAGACCACUUACUAUGCCCAGUGCUACCGCCACAUGCUGGACCUACAGAAACAGCUGGGCAGAUUUCCAGGCACCUUCGUGGGUACCACAGAGCCCGCUUCCCCGCCCCUCAGCAGCACCUCGCCCACCACCGCCGCGGCCACUAUGCCUGGGGGGCCCUCUGUGGCCAGCCUGGCUCCUCCGGGGGAGGCCGCUCUCCACCUGGAGGAGGUGGCGCCUCCCGCCAGCGGGACCCGGAAGGCCCGGGUCCUCUAUGACUACGAGGCGGCCGACAGCAGCGAGCUGGCCCUGCUGGCUGACGAGCUCAUCACUGUCUACAGCCUGCCUGGCAUGGACCCUGACUGGCUCAUUGGCGAGAGAGGCAACAAGAAGGGCAAGGUCCCUGUCACCUACUUGGAACUGCUUAGCUAAGCAGGCCCCCUCCCAGGCCCCUGCCCAUUCUGGCCUGGGCAGGAGAGGAUGGGUGCAGCCCUGCCACUUGUCUUGUCUGUUGGUGACCCAGCUGCUCAGGGUGCGGAAAGUAACCCCAUCCCAUCCCGCCCCUGGUCCUCCAGCUGCGAGGGGCCCCAGAAGCUGAAUGAUCCCGGCCCCUCCCCCAGCCCUGCUUCUGGAGAUUCCCCCCCCACGCCCCUGCCUGCAUCUCUGAGCGUCCCAGCCCUCCCGGCUCCUGCUAAGGAGGGAGGGCCUGGCUGCAGCAGCUGCACUCAGCGCCUAGGCCCGUGGGGGUCAGUGCAGAAGGCCUGAGAAAGCCCUGGGGCGCACCCUGGGGGAGGGAGCUCCUGCCUUUUAGUUGCCAAAAGCAGCAAAGGGGGAAAGGCAGGCAGGUGUGUGGAGGCCUGAGGACCGGAUUCGUCCCCUCUGGAUGAGCUGGAGCAGAGGGGAGCCUGGGCCAUGGAGCGGCAUCUCCCCGGUGCUACCCUUCCCCUCAUACAGCUCAAGCCAAGUAUGGUGGCUGCAGCCUGCACCUCUCCACACUCACUUUUUAACUGAUCUUUUUACUCUGCCUGUCUGCUUGCUCUCUAGCCAGUGACAAAUAAUAAACCAUCCUUCAUGUG